AAAACAUCCGGUGGAUUUAUCUACGCAUGCGCUCUUAAUUGGUCAUCCUGAUUUCAGAAGACUGGACGACAGUGAAAGUUUUGGCUCGAGAAAUGGUCCAAUUUUGAGGUGAGCCAUGGGUUACGAUGUGAACAGGUUUGAAGGAAACGUAGAUGAGGAGUUACUCUGUCCCAUCUGUGGAGGUGUGUUGGAAGAGCCGGUGCAGGCGCCGCAAUGUGAACAUGCCUUCUGUACAGCAUGCAUACAGGAGUGGCUGUCGAGACAGCACACGUGUCCCGUAGACCGUCAGACGAUCACGCCGUCGCAGCUGAAACCCGUCCCCCGCAUCCUCCGCAACCUGCUCUCCAGACUCUACAUCAAAUGUGACAAUGCCAACUUUGGCUGCUCACAGGUUAUAAAACUAGACCAGCUUGCAUCCCACCUGGAUGAGUGUGAACACAACCCGAAGAGACCAGUGUCCUGUGAGCAGGGCUGUGGCCUUGUUAUUCCAAAAGACGAGUUGAAGGACCACAAUUGCGUGCGGGAGCUGCGAACGGUCGUGUCCCAGCAGCAAGUCAAACUCAGUGAAUUCCAGAGUGAGCUGGCGGAGCAGAAGCGGAUGAUCCAGGACCAGAAGAGGGAGAUCCAGAUGCUGAAGGAGUACAUGCGGGCCAUCCGCGCCUCCAACCAGCCCCUCACCAGGGCUAUCGAGGACCAGAUGGAGUCUGACGAGGUGGGUGCAGUACCGCCUCUUGUUGGUAGGAGGUGCUUGAGCCAGGAGGUGUUACGAUGGGUGCGGUCGCUGCAGACGGCCCGUGUGACACGGUGGGGAGGAAUGAUCUCUACACCCGAUGCUGUGCUACAAGCUGUGAUAAAAAGAUCCCUCCUGGACAGUGGUUGUCCUGCUGGGAUCGUUGACGUCCUCAUGGAGAAUGCUCACGAACGGAACUGGCCUCGCGGGCUGAGCACGCUGGAGACGCGGCAGAUGAACCGCCGAUGUUAUGAGAACUACGUGACCAAACGGAUCCCGGGGAAGCAGGCGGUGGUCGUCAUGGCGUGCGAGAACCAGCACAUGGGGCCGGACAUGGUCCUGGAGCCCGGACUCGUCAUGAUAUUUGCUCAUGGAAUAGACGUUACUGAUUACUAAAGUGGUGCGGCAUGGAAAGAAGGGAUAAAGUUCAUGACAUCUUGGUUUGGAUUAUAUAUAUGGAGUAUUAUUAUUAUUAGGUAUUUUCAUAUGGAACACAGUGGGGACAUAUAUAUAUUAACUUAGUGUGGAGAGAAAGUAGGCGAUCUUGUGUGUGCCAAAAUUAUGAUAUAUAUGUAUUGUUAUUUACCUCUAUUUAAACAAAAAGAAUGGGUUAGAUAAGAAUAUUCUUUGUUUGUUUUCCUUUUUUUGUUUUGCAACUGUUUUGAAUGGAUAGACUUUGUUGUCAAUUUUCCUUGCAUUAGAUUAUAAUAUACUUAGGUUGAUAGACCAUGGAGGUACUGAGAAAAGGGUACUUUAUUUGAACAAUUUCAUAUUAGAUGUGACCAGAAAUGCCCUUAUAUCUUAUACUUCACAUUUGAAGUUUACAUUACAAAAUCAUCAUCAUACCAGAUGACGGACGGAGACCAAGUCUUCUUCACACUUGUAAAUGCAUGAAAAGAACUUGGAUAUGGAAGGAAACGUGACAAUACAUUACGUCAACUAUGAAUUUCCUUCAAAGGGCACGUCAGGUUCAAUUUUUGCCAACCUGUUGCAAUACUAUAUGUGAGUUGCUAUAACUCUCCCAUUGCUUCUUUAGUAUACAUACCACUUUGCAAAAUAAGUUACCCACCCUAUGGUGCCAGCCAAUAGAUACGGAGAUGUGUCACUUGUAUAUUACUUUGUUACAUGGUUCAUAGAAAUUUGUCUGUUUGCUACAUAUGAAUUAUUUUUCUCUACAAUUUUUUUUUCAACUUUCAAAAUCUUAAAGUCAUGCAAUUAAGCAUUCUCAAAAACAUAAUUUUUAAAUGGCCUCCAUAUGUUUAUCAGUGACAAUAGCUUCAAAUAUAUCUUCUUGAAGAAAAUUGGUAAUAUAUCCAUAUAUGUGUGUGUAUAUAUAUACAGUUAUUCAUAUGGGUGUGUGUGUGCAUAUUUUUCUACCACUAUCAUAAUACUACAUGUACCCUGAGUAUGCAGAGGUUUGCAGGAGAUGCAGACUUUGGUGCCAAUUUUGAGUUUCAGCAUUCUACGCAAUCCUAACUUGCACUAGAACAAAACUGCACAAUUUAUAAACCAUCUUGUGCACGUACCAAGCUUACAGACAAAGUUGACUGACUCGGAUGCCUCCACCCCGUUAAUAUUCAACAAAUGGCAUCCAUAGUAUGUGCCAUCGGGCAUUUCCUAUGCAUGUUUCUUAAUAGUCAUUGACAGAAACUUGUGAAAAACAUACCAUUCAUACAACAUGAUAUGUCUACAUUCUACACUUCUGAUGUUGGUACAUUACUAUACAUUAGUUUAUUGUGUACUUCUGGCACAGCCUUUCUUUCCACUAGUUAAGUAUGUGUAUGCUUUCUGACUAAUCAACUGUAUGUAGAGUGAUUUGCAGUUUGAGUUUUUUGUAAUAUACAUGCCUCUUUGGUGUCCGGUACAUCAUAGGUUUCAGUUUGGUCUGUAUUAGGUAUAAGUUAUGUACUACGGAAAGAUCGUUCUUCUAUCACUCCUGGAGCAGGCUCUACUAAAUUAUAUAUGUGACGGCCAGCCUAGUUAGUUAUUUGGUCAGAGGGCUUCUUUGCUGGAAAAAAAUUGAAAAGAGAAUUUCCAACAAAACUUUCUUUUUUGAAGUAGGUAAAACUGAACAUUAUACCCCGGGAAGAAAGAGCCAAACAAUAACUUUAAGAUCGCUGUACAUAAGAAGUGGUGAAGUAGAUAUGCAUGUUUUAAAAGAGAUCAUGGUACAAAAGUUUUUUUUCUAAAAUCACCAUUAUGAAACAAUGUUUACCUGAUAGGCUUUCUUGUUUGACAGAAAAAAGGGUGUGUAUGUGUGUGUGUCCCCCUCUCUUUCACAUCCCCAUCCCAACUUCAAAAUGGAAUAGCCUUGGAGGAGAAGUUUGUAUAUGAAUGCCAUUGCAUGCAUUCCUAUGAAAAAUGUAAUUGUAAAUGAGCCUUUACUAAACAUAUGCAUUACAACAUUGUACUUAGAUACAUCCAAAGAGCACAUUUAGAUUACUAAUAAUAUCUCUUGUAGAGCUAUAUGUGGCCUACUUUUACAUUUUUUCCUGUGUCCUGGUUUACUUGGCAAAACUAUAGCAUCAAGAGCAGAGCGGUGUAGUUAAGAAAAAUGUGAAAAUCUCUAUCACAUAACAUCUGCUUGGAUCUUUUAUGAAGGUUGUUGAUAUAACGUUGAUAUUACUGUUGUUUUGUUUCAUUAUGCUGAUAGUAUCAUUAAAAGGUUUAGUUUCAUUAUUUUCUUACAUGAGAAUGCUUUCUGGCACUACCAGUGCCAGAUAGCUUUAUAUAUGUAUGUGUUGCUAUUAUGGUACUAUGAUGAAUAAAAUGUAUACAAGAAAA